GUUACAGUUAAACGAUUAACGUAAUCACGAUUACAAUUAUGUAAUUGCUUUUCUGAUCAAUGAUUACAUUAACACUAUAAUUACCGAUUACAAUUAUUAAUCGUGAUCAUUAAUCGGCAAUCAGAUUGCAAUUUCACCUAACACUGUCGUAUGUCGACGUCUCUGUUUGAAAAACAUUACUGUUGGAAAAAUCGUUAACGAAUGAAUCCAAAAAGCACGUGUGACGUAUUGUGUUGACACACUCGGUCACCAUAGCAACAGUAUGGCCGGCACAAGGACGGCUCUGCACGUGCCACAACGCUUACAUUUUCGGUGUGGUUUUAAUACAUUUGAUAGCACAAGUAAUUUGACGAAUGAGUUUCAUUGCGAAACACGAUUUUGAAAGAGACGAUUUCAAGUGACGUGAAAACAUGGCGUACGACGAUUCCAGAAAAGAUUUCAUUGUAAAAACCGCCGGAAAUUAUUUCGGUAUCGACGCGGGGUUUGAACAGCCCGCUUGCAGUUUGAACUCGGGAGAUGAACACGUGAAUUCGUUUUUGAACUCGGCCAACUGCAGUGCAUUAUACAUAAGAAAAUGUGAAUCUACCAACAAUUUGGAAGCACGCGACGAAAUUAUGACCCAAAAUGGAGCAAACGCCAAAACAAUGGUGUUUUACAAAAUCCGUCCGGAAAGCAUAACCAAAGAAAACAUUCGUUCAGUCGUAUCCAUCUACACCAUGUUGGAUUCGCCAACCUCAGCCCUUUACAAUAGCCUGCACUACAUAUACUCGCCAACGCUUUUGAAAGACGUCAACAGCGCUAUUAAUCUGGACCCAAAGCUACAGGGUCUCAUAUCUGAUCUGGAAAUGGGAUUAAAAACGGUUAUUUACAAAAACACGAUUAACCAAUCGGACAACGCGCUGGAAUCUCAUUUAGGGGUCAUUCUAGACUUACAAGACGAAGCAGAUUAUUGGUCAGUUGUAAAAAAAAACACAAAAAAUAAAGCGGAAUCGGUUGCUGCUGAUAAAAUUUGUUGCUAUUUGACGCCAGUCGCAAAACAACUGAGAGAGACGUCUGUACAGGACUUAGACGAAUGUUUAGAGAACAUGCAUAAUUGUCUGGACGACAUUUGGAAAAUCGAACAAAUAAAAUAUCCUCAAACGAGAAUGGAACAUUUGUUUUACGUUGUCGGAAAGGUUAUCGUUAAACUAACCCAACGAAUGUCCGGUGAAGGUAAUAUUUGGACAGCUGACAACAACGAGUCAGUGGACGUGUUGAAUACAUGUAAAAGAGCCUGUGAUAAAUGGAUAAAUACUUGCGAGCAGUUGACCACUUUGUACUGGCCCAAUUACUCUUACAACAAAUGGACCGGCCCGAAAUAUUUGUCGACGGAUUUAAUUUCGUUUUCCGAUCACAUCAGAGAAAUAACUUCUAUAAUAAGCACCAACAACCAAAUGACUCGACUCCUCACAGUCUACGAACAAGAAAAACUAAGAACCUCAGACAACUUAAGCCCGUUUCUCGAAUUCAAGCAAGUUAAUAUACUUAAUUCCUACACCGUUCAAGCGUGGACGGCUGCUGUCGAAAAAUUCGAAAACAAGUUACAACCGGCCGAAGACUUGAUAGUGGGUAAACUUAGAAGUUUGAUCAACAGUAAAAGUUCGAACACAGCCGAGCUAAUAUACGAAUUCGUUCGGUACCAAGAGAUCAUAGGAAGGCCCAACGUUCACGUGCAGCUUAAAGGAGAAUUGGAAAAUUUUUUAAACUGCUUACAACACAUUGUCGACGGGAUGGGAGACGUCGAAGGAGAAAACGUACAAAAAAUGAACACACUACACUUGGCGAACUUAGAACCGAUCAUCAGAAAUUUAUAUUCGUUAAAACAACAAAAAGCUAAACUCAACGACAUUGAAAUCGUCAGUGGUAAAAUACUUGUACAUUUGGACGGGUAUCAAAAACUGAAAGACUCGAUAAUCGUACAAACGAAAAAUAUUAGAGACACGACAGCGGACACCUAUGAAAAUUGGGUAAAAUACAGAACAACUUCAAUCAGUAACAAGAGUUUCAGGCUUAACUCGAACGAGCCGGUGGUAUACUUUCAAACUGAUAAGCUCAUGAAGGUCAAUUUCAAUCCCGACAUUGAGUUGUUAAUCCGCGAAGUGAGAAUGCUGAAAAUUUUGGGUUACUCUAUUCCUGCUGAAAUAGAAAACGUAUCCGAAACGGGUAGUGUUUUUUUAAAGCAAGCCAAAGCGCUCGAACAAAUUGCUUCGUUCCACAAUACAAUCGGAGAUCGAAUGAUACCUUCGCAAAGGCCGAUGAUGUUGGCUUCUGCCGUUGAACUCAUGAACUUGGUGAAAAGACAGCAGUCAAUCACUUGGACCAACGCAAGUUCAGUCGACAACUACAUAUUAGAAAUGCGAAAACAAAUGGAGAAAAUUUCCUUGGAAAACCAAACGUUGGCAAAUUAUCAUCAAGUGGCUUCAAACAAGAUCAUAGGCCUAAUGGAUACGGAUAUACUGCAAGAACAACACCGAUGGAAAUCUACGCUUAAAAGUAUUAGGGAUGUCGUGAGGCAAGUAGAAGAAAAGUUUACCAAUUGUGGCACGUGGAAGGAUCAUUUGGAUCAUCAGAUUUACAAAUCGCUAAAUCAUCGCUAUCAAAUAGGACUUGGAGCGCUCAACCAACAUCUUCCAGAUUUCAGAAUUGAAAUCGUUUUCAGGCAACGGCGACUGAAAUUCAAUCCACCUAUGGAAGAAAUACGCAUGAAAUAUUUUGCUCAACUGAAAAAAUUUAUAUCCGUUCCGAUCGGGUUUCGCGGUGUAGUGGAUUCUGCAGAGUCGAUAUUUGUGUCCAUCGUCGAUCGUAACGCUUCGAUGUUCACUAUGUUGUUUACGAGGGCCGAAGAACUGUUUGAACGUUUGGAAAACGUUUUAAAAGAAUGGGAGAGCCGAGUAGCUCUCGGUUUGGUUGACAUCGAAAAGAUGAUCCAGGAAAACAUCAAAACGGCGCACGACUGGGAACUGAAUUUCAGAUCGUCCAAGUCGUGGGGUCAGCAAAUAGCUAAAGUCAACUGCGCUGAAAUACAAAUCGAAUGUUUCAUAGUCAGUACUGCGGCAGUUCGCUUAGAGCUGGAAACGCACAACCGCCGUUACUGGGAUACGUUGGCCACGAUGUUGUACUCUUCGAUUCUAUUCGACAUAGCUGCUCUAGACAAAUUUGUCGAACAGUCCACGGCCGAUCUGCGAAAACAAGUAACGUCGACACAGCAAGUCAAUGCCACCCAUCAGAGUAUCGUCGAAGCAUCCAUAGAGAUGGAACGAUCGGUGACCGAAACCAUAAAGAAACAUAAGGUGCUAUCAAAUUGGACAAACGAGAGGGUCGAAAAAAUGAACAAAGCGCUGUCGGAUUGGGAGAAUUUCAAGAAUACUUUAGAAAACCAUCAGGCGAUUAUGAAACAACAAAUAGAAACGAUGAAAAGAAAUUUGUCAGGCGAAGUGCAAAGCGUACUAAACAUGUUCGAUACGUUCCGGUCGAGGUGGCAACAGUACAAACCCAAAGGCUUUGAAGAUGAAAACAACUCGACCUUAAAGAGAGUGGUUGAGUUUUUAAAAGAGAGCCGUGUCGAGUGGAACACAAUUAUGGAUUACAAAGAAAAAGUGGUAAACGAUUGUAAAGAAGCUUAUGUCGAUACGCCUGACUUUAGUACAUACGAUCUCAUAGAAGCUGAGCUUAAAAACUUAGAAUCCGUGUGGGGACUUUUGGAUCAAUUUAAUUCAGACCUACGGGAGUUGGGACAUGAAAGCUGGAUCGGAUUUCGUAGCAAAGCGUUUAAAAAACUAAUGGACUUAAUUUUAAAUUGGCAAGACAAACUUCAGCGAGUACAGACAUCGCCGUUAACGAUAAAAAUACACAAAGAGUUGGAAUCAUUAAAAGCAUUUUCAGCCUGCGUGAAAUACUUUCAAGGCGAAACUUUUACCGAAAAACAUUGGAUGGAAAUGUUUAGCCUAAUCGGUGCACCGUACAAAACCAUAGAACAGUUGAAAUUCGAAGACUUUAUUAUGGCAAAAGACAGCAUUAAAGAAAAACUGACUAGUCUACAAGAAUUGAAUUCUAAAGCGGCCAGUGAAAUCACCAUAAGGCAAGCACUAUCCGAAUUAGAAAUGUGGGAGUUCGAAACGUACUUUAACCCUAUGGAUCAUGUAGAUUCAAAAGGACAAACCAUUCGUAUUAUUAGCGAUUUUAAAACACUCUUUAAUUCGAUAGGGGAAAAACAGUGUUUGUUACAAUCGAUCAAGAACACAUCGAGUGAUGAACAAUUUCUGGAAAAAUGCUUAACAUGGGAAAAUAAAUUUAUGGACCUUGACACAUGUUUGAGGCACUUUUCUCACGUCCAGAGAAAAUGGCUAUACUUGGAUCCCAUAUUCGGUAGUGGCACGUUGAAGAUGAACCAAGACACUAAAUCCCGAUUCGACCGCGUGGACAGAGACUUCAAAUACGUUCUUGAACAAUCAUUUAGUUCCAAAGUUUUGAAUUUCUUGAAAAUAAACAACAUAAAGCAUUUGUUGGAAUCUAUGUUGAACUUGUUGGCGACGACGAAAAAAUGUCUGAGCGAUUUUCUCGAGGACAAGAGAAAGACAUUUCCGAGAUUUUAUUUCCUAAGCGACGAAGACCUGUUGGAAAUGAUUGGACAAACAAAAAAAAUUUCGGUCGUCCAAGCACAUCUGAAGAAACUGUUCAGUGGCGUCCAAAACGUCCAGUUCAAUUCUUCAGGAAACAUUGUAUCGGUCGAAUCGCCACAGAAAGAAAUAGUCACUCUCGACAAACCUGUGUCAGUAUCCGAUCACAUUGAAGAAUGGCUACAAACCCUCGUACAACAAAUCACGAGUACGCUGAAAACGUGUUUCGUGGACUGUCUAAAAGAACCCGAUCCGCUAAAAUACCCUUCACAAAUAUUGUGCAUGGUAAACGAGGUGCUGUUCUGUUCCAGAUGCGAAGAAGCAAUCAAAAAACGUAAUUUGGAACAAUUGCGAAAAUCGUUAAAGAACCAACUCGACACGUACACAACAUUAAACGCAGAAAGCGCUACAAACGGAGAGGACGUGUUAAAUUUGAAGACAAAAGGAUUGAUUUUGGACACGAUAUACCAUCUAAGGGUAAUCGAUGAGCUUAUCGAGAGUCGCGUGUCGUCAGUCGACGAUUGGGAAUGGCAGAGAAGAAUAAGGUUUUAUGCUCUUUCCGGAGGUGAGAUAAGCAUACGAAUGGUCGAUUCGGAAUUUCGUUAUUCCUACGAAUACCAGGGAAUAGCUCCAAAAUUAGUUCAUACCCCACUGACAGAUAACUGUUACCUAACACUGACACAAGCUAUGAGCAUGGGAUUCGGCGGUAACCCUUACGGACCAGCCGGCACAGGAAAAACCGAGUCCGUCAAAGCUCUGGGCUAUCUAUUCGGCCGUCAAGUUUUGGUGUUCAACUGCGACGAAGGAAUCGACAUUAAGUCGCUGACUCGCAUUCUGGUCGGAUUAGCCAGGUGUGGAGCUUGGGGAUGUUUUGACGAAUUCAACCGUCUCGAAGACACCACUCUAUCGAUGGUGUCUACCAAAAUUCAUCCGAUACAAGAAGCAAUCAAAAACAAAGACAAGGUUUUCGUUUUGGGGGACAAAGAGAUCGACUUGAACUUGAACGCUGGUAUAUUCGUGACAUUAAACCCAGCCGGGCAAGGUUAUGGUGGAAGGAACAAACUACCAGAUAAUCUCAAGCAACUUUUUCGGCCCAUCGUUAUGAGCCAACCGGACCAGACUUUAAUAGCCAGCGUGACACUGCAUGCCGAAGGAUUCAAGUAUCCUGAUACGCUGGCCAAAAAGCUCGUAGAGACAUUCGACUCGGCCAAACAACUACUGAGCAAUCAACAGCACUACGAUUGGGGCCUUCGAGCAUUGAAAACUGUUAUCGGUUUUUGCGGUACAAUUUUAAAAGCGUCGCCGGCACUCAAGUCUCUGCCUGAAGAAUGUUCGGUGGCCGUACAAGCGUUAGAAUUGAACACCAUGUCGAAAUUGACUUACGACGACGGCAUGUUGUUCAAAUCGUUGAUCAAAGACAUAUUUCCAGAAGUAAAAGCAUCCAGCAAACCUCAGAUAUACGACUCGUUGAUUCAACGCAUACGGGAGGCGGCAGACAAGUUGGGCUUACAACGAAAUCAAAGACAAGAGCAGAAAUGUAUUGAACUCUACGAACAACUUCAACAGCGCAUGGGCGUUGUAGUCAUGGGUCCACCGUCAACUGGCAAGACUUCUAUAAUACAACUUUUAUCACAUGCGAUAAGCAAAAACAACAACGUGAAAAUACACAAAAUCAAUCCUAAAGCUCAAACCCGGUCUCAGCUUUUGGGAAAAGUCGAUUUAGACACACGCCAAUGGAUAGACGGCAUCAUUAGUAAGACAGCGCAACAAGCUUAUUCGGAAAGUUCUGAUAUUAUGUCUUGGAUAAUAUUCGACGGAGACGUAGAUCCGGAAUGGAUAGAAUCGUUGAAUUCCGUUUUAGACGAUAACAGAUUAUUAACGUUGCCGUCUGGAUGGAGGAUACAAUUUGGGAGCAACGUGCAUUUCCUAUUCGAAACACAUUCUUUGGGGUACGCUUCUCCGGCUACCGUUUCCAGAAUGGGUAUAAUUCUUCUUAGUGAUGAAGACAUUAAUAUUCAAAACGUGGUCGAUUCGUGGGUAAAAGCUUCUCCGAGCAAUACUGUUCUAAACGAUUAUGGACAUUACUUCUAUGAAGCUCUAAAGUGGUUGACGAAAAACGGACAGUACGUUAGCGGUUGUUCCGUCGUAUCUACAGUGAACAAUUUCUUACACCUACUAACCGACGUCAAGUCGAAAUCUCAGUUCACCGUUUGUCUCGUUAACGGACUCGGAGCCAACCUGACCACGCCCCUUAAAGACAAGUUUUCAAAAAUUAUUUUCGAAAUGAUCGGAGAGUACGUGCCGGAGUCGGAAUCGCGAUACUACUUUUACAAUAGACUCAGAGACGAUAUCGACAGCUAUCGUUGUGCCGGGACAGACUCUCCAAACCCUUUCGGAUACAAGACCGGUGACUUGGUGGAGACUCCGAGAAUUUCGAACGCUACUGACGUUUUGGUCGAAUGGAUGCAGCGAGGGACGUCUAUUUUUGUUGUCGGUCCAUCGGGUUCCGGUAAAAGCAAAAUGAUUUUGAAAUGCUCGGAAAUGCUAAGAGCAACGGAAUGCGUUACUAUCCAUUGCAGCGCAAACACUUCACCCGAUCAAGUCUUGUUGAAAAUGACACAGAUGUGCAUGAUAGUUUCUAGCAACAAGGGUAGAGUGUACCGACCGAGAAAUUCGGAGCGUUUAGUUUUACACUUCAAAAAUCUCAACCACGUUAAGCCAGACAAAUGGGGUACGAUUCACCUUGGAGCUUUUAUACAACAGUUGAUUUUCUUCGGAGGAUUCUACGAACCAACUACUUUGGAGUGGAUCGGCGUAGACAACAAUUUAGUUAUAGUCAAUAGUUUGACGUCUACAGACGGAAUUAACCCAAGACUCCUAUCGGCCAGUAACAUACUGCAUCUCGAAAUGCCGCAAAAAUCGGAGCUAGUAAAAAUAUGUUCAGAAUAUUUGGGUUCGAUGGUUCAAGACAGGACGACAAUUUCCAAUGUGCUUGUAGACCUAUUGCUGCAGGCUAGAGUAAAGUUGUCGUCCGUAAAAAUGCCUCACUACACGUUCAACAAUCAUAUUUUGAGCUCGUUAUGUUUCGACUUGAGCCGAUAUGAGAUUAGAGACUCGAAAAAUGCAGCUCAAGUUUUGUACUUUGAGGCUGUUCAUAAGUUCAGCGACAAACUGGUUAUGACAGAAGAUAAAAAGAAGUUUGCUAACAUGAUCGCUGAAAUAUACGCGGAACAUCGUUUGGAAUUCAAACACGAAGAUGUGGUCUACGUGUGCGAGGGCAACAUCGACCGGAAAAAUGCUGGGAAACUAUCGAAACUACAGACAGACGACUGGAAACAAAUAAUUAAAAAACGCUUAAUGAUUAAUGAGAACACCGCACAGGACGUAGAACUCAACACGGAAUUGGUGUACAAUGUGGUAGCCAAUUGCGAAAGAGUGUUGACUAGACCUGGUGGCUGCCUAUUGCUUGUGGGACGUCUGGGUGUGGGCAGAAAUUUCGCAGUGAAAAUUGUAGCGUCCAGACAUAACGCCACGAUCAUUUUGCCGAAAAUGCGACAGGUCUUCAACUUAAAAACGUUUAAAAACGACCUAAAAUCAGUGAUGCAAACAUGCGGGGUCGACAACGAAGAGGUGUAUUACGUGGUUGAAGAAUUUCACAUGAUAAAUGACCAAGUGACGGAUAUAAUGAGCUGUUUAAUCGUAUCUGGAGAGGUAAUGGGACUGUAUCAAAACGAAGAGCUGGAAACACUUUGCGCGCCGCUAAAGGAUCAAAUGGCCCAAGAGAAUUUCGAAGGAACCCCCGCCGGAUUUUUUGCUCAAAGAGUAAAAAAAAACCUACACGUCAUAAUGAUAUUAGAUUCUCACAGUGACUUCUUUAAUGCUUUCGUGGAAAACAGUCCAGCGACGUUGGACCACAGUGAUGUCAUUUGGCUGGACCGAUGGAACGCUGAAAUCAUGAAAAUCAUACCGGAAAUAAUUCUCGAAAAAAACAAAUUACUUGAAGAGUUCCCUAAACUCAACGAGUAUGUGUUAAAGUUUCCGGAUAUCCAUCGAGAUGCCGAAGACUGGAUGAAUACUUGUCCCAAACGUUACAUAUCGUUUAUCCAGACUUUUAGCGCGUUACUGCGAGACAAGCACGAGUUUAUCAAUAAAAGGCUGAGUCAUUUAAAAGCCGGACUAUCGAAACUCGUGGAUGCUAGAAGCGUGGUGGCAAAAUUAAAAUCCGACGCCGGUGCUCAAGAAGCUAAACUGGCGGAAAAACAAGAGAAAGCCAACCAAGCGUUGAAUAUGAUUUCGAAAACAAUGCAGGGAGCUAAUACCAAAAAAGAACAAAUGGAAAGCCUCAAGAAGGAGUUCCAAGUCAAAAACGACGCGUUAAAUCUAAGGAAAAAAGAGAUAGAUCAAGAACUGGCGCAGGUGGAACCGUUAAUAGAAGAAGCACAAGCGGCAGUAAGUAACAUCAAACCGGAAGCACUGACUGAAAUCCGGUCACUCCGUGCACCUCCGGAAGUAAUCAGAGACAUUCUGGAGGGCGUAUUGCGUCUGAUGGGCAUACAAGACACGUCAUGGAACAGCAUGAAAACUUUCUUGGCCAAGCGAGGUGUCAAAGAGGAUAUUCGGUUCUUCGACGCACGACGAAUAUCUGAAGACAACCGCAAUUCAGUGGAGAGACUUUUGGAAACCAAAAGCGAUUCGUUCGACGCAAGAAACGCCAAAAGAGCUUCGGCGGCUGCGGCACCUUUGGCUUCGUGGGUGGUGGCCAAUGUAGCCUAUUCACAUAUAUUACACAAAAUAAAACCCCUGGAGAUCGAGCACACGUCAUUGAAAACGAAGCUGCAAAAUGCCGAGGAACAAAUAGGACUGCUAAGUGACGGGCUGGACAGCGUCGAGAAAAAGGUUGCUGAUUUGAGAGAACAGUUGAACGUCAACACCAAAGAAGCAGCUGAAAUCGAAUUGAACAUCAACAAGGAGAAACAAACGAUUGACUCUGCCCAAAAGCUCGUAGAGAAAUUGGACGACGAGUUCUCGAGAUGGGGCCAACAAGUGAACGAGUUGUCGGAAAGUCUAGAAAAUCUAUUGUUGAACAGCUUGUUGGCGUCUGCGUUCGUAACGUACCUGCCUGAAUGUACCGAUAGUGUGCGAAAUGAGAAGAUGGAAAAAUGGAAAUUUGAAUUGAAGGCCGAUGAAUUUUCAUUUUCCAAAUUUAUGGAGUCUGAACGUCAAAUUCUGCAAUGGAUCACUGAAGGUUUGCCGUCUGACGAAACUUCACAUCAAAAUGCCAUCAUUCUCAAACAAAUUCAAAGUCUUAAAGUUCCGGAAAAAUUCUAUCCUUUAAUCAUAGAUCCAAAUAAUAAUAUAAUGGAGUGGUUAAAGAAGAAACUGCCUACUAACGCUACCGAAUUCAUAUCAUUCGAGAAUCCUAAAUUCCAUUCUAGUUUAGAAUUAGCUAUACGAUUCGGCAAGACUGUGGUAAUACACAAUAUCAAUGACAACAUUGAUCCUAUUUUGGUCCCAGUAUUGAGAAACGACUUUGUCAUCGAAGGAAGCAGAAAAAUAAUUCAAAUAGCCGACCGACUGGUGGACUACAAUGAUAACUUUCAGCUAUACCUGUUCAGUAGCAACGCAGAUUUGGCUCUAUCUUCUCACCAGUCCGUUUUAAUGACAAUUAUUAAUUUCACGCUCAAUCAUAUUGGUCUCACAGAGCAGCUGUUGCGAUACGCGCUUCAAGUUGAAAAUCCUAAAUUGGAUUCGAAACAUUUGGAAUUGCUGCACGCAGAAGAAGAACUAAAAACUAAACUACACGUAUUACAAGAAAACGUGCUCAGAGACUUGGCCGACGCCCAAGGGAACAUUCUUAAAAACCGAGAACUCUUGAACUCUUUGGACAGUGUAAAAACCAACAGUAUGGAAAUAUCGCAAUCACUUAACGAAUCGUUGAAGAUGCAAAGUAAACUGGAAUCCGAGUGCGAAGUGUACAAACCUUUGGCCGAUUACGCAUCAAACAUAUACUUUGCCUUAAAAGAUUUGUUCGUGAUUAACCGGUUUUCUCAAAUUUCCCUGAUGACGUUCGUCAAACUGUUUCAGUUGACGUUGAAGGGAACAGUCGGAGGUGCAAACCAGGAAAGGAAACUUUUGCACGCCGUUUACUAUUAUAUCUCAAGGUCAUUGUUUAAAGAUCAGAAACUAAUGUUUGCAUUGCAUCUUUCUCACAAACUGAAUCCAAAGGAUUUCGGUCCAAACGAAUGGGAAUUGUUCAUCGGAAAGAAAAUAAGCAAUGCCGACGAAGGAUUGAACUUCAAACACAGCAUACCUAAGUGGAUUAAUGAAGACCGAGCUUUCGAUAUGUACAUGUUAAAGGAAUCCGUUCCGCAACUUUACAAUAAACUCCGGUUGGACGACCAAAGCGUUUGGGCAGAUUUCGUGGGGACGACCGACGCUGGGAUUCCGAGUAUCGUAAAGAUAACAAAUUUUCAACAAGUGUUAAUUACCCAAGCGCUAAAACCCGAUAGACUUCACAAAGCUCUGACAGACUUUACGUUAAAACAAUUGAAACUGUCCGAUCUAUCGCCGUCAUCGUUGAAACUGUCCGAAUUGGUCGAGGAGAAAGCUGGUCCUGUGAUGAUCAUCACCUCAGUCGGAUCUGAUCCUUCGGACGAGCUUAGAACGUUGGCCAAGCAACAGACUCAAAGCAACUGCAUAGAAAUAGCAGUCGGAGAGGAUCAAGUCGAACUCGAACAGCUCGAGGAACUAUGUCGGCAGCCCAAAUGGUUAGUGUUGAAGAAUGUACACUUGUGUUCGUUGUCACUAUUAGGCACGCUGGAGAAACGUCUCAAAUCCUUGGAGGUCAUGCAUAACGACUUCGCAGUAUGGAUGACCACGGAGGCUUCAGACAAAAUUCAACAUUCGUUAAUAAUGAGCUGCGUUAAAGUGGCCUAUGAAGCACCCCAUGGCAUAAAGAAGAACAUGCGACGAGCUUACGACGUAUGGCGAAACGACGGUGUCAAGUGGAACACGGCGGACGAGUCAAGAUCGGCAUAUGCUCUGGCCUGGUUCCAUUCCAUCGUGUUGGAACGAAGGACUUUCAUACCCCAAGGCUGGUCCCGGUACUACGAGUUUAACGACUCCGACUUGUCGGCCGCACUGGCCGUUCUUCGUAAAUCCUCAGUCCGAGACCGAAACUCGGCAAGAUGGUCAUACGUUCAUGGGCUGUGCGAAAAAACCAUUUACGGCGGAAGGAUUACCGUUGCGCAGGAUGUGCCUAUUUUGAAGACGUACUUGCAAGUGAUAUUUGCGGCUGACGGGUCGAAUUGGAAGAGCCACGUGCCCGGUAUAAACGAACUAAACUCGGCGGAUGCCAAGGACGUAGAGAUGGCGUUGAAAAACGUACCUGAGGACACGCCAAGAUUACUGAACUUGCCGGAAAACGUAGACAGGUCUUGGCAAAAGAAACAAAGUGCUGAAAUAAUAGCUCAGCUCAGACGUAUGAACACAGGCACCGAGGUAAGGCGCCUCGAAGGCGACUGGCGCUCUGAGGUGACGUCCUUGUUGAACUUGUGGAAAACGCUUAACAAAGGUACCAACUUGACAGAUCUUUCUACUGUCACGAGUUCUACGGUAGACGGUGGACGACAACGGCCUGCCGUAGACGUUUUCUUUGGGCAAGAACUGCACUUCGCCGUGGAUUUAGUGAAAACCAUACACAAGACAUUGGCUGCUGUAAACCAGACAAUAAGAGCUAACACGCGACCCUCGGGAUCAGUGUCAUCGACCAUCCUUCACCUACUUAGGCUUCAGACCCCUAAGACUUGGACAGACGUGUGGAAAGGCCCGGGCGAUCCGGCCUCCUUUAUGAGGCAUGUGGUGGCGCGAACCUUGGCCAUGCAUAAGUUAAACACGUCUACUGACAAAUCUUCUCAGAAAAUCGACUUCAACGAUUUGUUCCACCCUAGAACAUAUCUCAUCGCGCUAAAGCAACAGACAGCCAAACAAUACGGCAAGUCGAUGGACAGUUUGACGUUGGACUGCUCGUUGUCGGCGAACAGACUGAAAGGAGCCAAAACGACGGCCACAGUACAAAACAUACUCAUAGAAGGCGCCACACUGAACCACCGUUCGUUAGCUGACAACACGGUGGACUCGCCGUCAGUGUCGACCGUCGACGACAUAACACUGGCGUGGAUCCCGGAGGAAAUCGCAAAGAACUCGAAAACGUCAGACUUACACGUGCCGCUGUACGAAACACAAUCAAAAGACAAUUUGAUAUCGUUACUGCCCAUGGCCAUGUCGCAGGACGACCAAAAGAAAUGGACCUUGAUCGGGAUUACUUUGUUUUUACGAUCAUGAAAUUUGUCACGACGACCCAUUUCCAAUAUAUGUAUAUAUUUAUUUCCAAUAACCUAGCGCCGAGUACUUCCUUAUGUUUUUUUUUUGCAUUUGAUUAACAUGGAAAAUUUUAAUAUUUCAUUAAAAAAAAUGUCAUAUGGCUUCCCUGAAAAAUAUCUUACUCGAAAACUAUUAUUUUAAAUUUAAAAAGAAUACCAAAUCAUAAGUAUGACAUUUCAAAAUCACCAUUAUGUUAUUUUACAAUAAAAUUUGUUUUAUAACUUGUUAAAAGAAAUGUUAACGCGAAAUAUUAAAAGAAGGAUUUUUAAGUAGCUUCAGCUUAAGAAUGUUUUUAAGUUAUGCAAAAAAAAAUCAUGAGGAAGUGCUCAAGAUGUGACCUAGGGAUCUGAAGUUUCAGGGGUUUCCUAUUUGAACAGGCUACUAUCAAUUAAAAUAGUAUAAGCCAUUGUAUGAGUAAAAGCAAGAUCUAGCGAGUUGGGUAAUUUAUUUAAAACUAGUUAUAGUUAGAAUUAUUUGGAAUACUAACAAAUUAACAAAAGUUACAUUCAUAUUUCAUUUGCUAAGUAACUUAGAUUAUACGUAUAUUAAGUUUGUGAACAAAAUAAUUAUAAUUUUAGAAAAAAGUUUUUAAAAAAACACAUUUUUCUCAUUCAUUUAGAAAAUAUUUAUAGUAAAAUAUAGAAAACGUAUACAGUAACUUUAUUCAAAACAAUAAAAGAACACAUUUGCACAAUUUUUGGUGAACAUUUUAAUUAAGAAAAUUCGUGUUAUAGACUUUUAGGAUAGACCAUUUUUUGAAAAAUAUUUGCGUUUAUAUGCCAAAAACCAAAUACAUUCCAGCUAAAAUACAAUAUAUUUUUUAACAAAAUUAAAUAAGCUGCUACUACGAAAAUUAAGAAAAACGGUUUAUCUUAUAUUUUAUAAGGUAAUUUACUAUGAUUAUUUAAAUUUUAAGUCUUAAUUCCAAAUUGGCCUUGAGAAUUCACAUCUCAGUAUUUUUAGUAUAUUUUCUACUUCAGUAAAUUUUUUAAUCAAAAAACCAAUUAUUUUAUUUUAUAAAAUGUCACACUUAUCAGAUGGUUUGGGGCCAUGUGCUGUUACGCCGCAAUGUAUCCGCUAAAAAUUUGUCCAAAUAAUCGAGUGCCUGUUUAUAUGGGUAAUAUAGAAAUUCCAAAAACCAAACAACAACCGAAUACAACAUUUCAUAACAAUUUCGUUUAUUGUUAUUAUCAUUAUUAUUCAAUCUAUAUAAUAAUAAUAUUAAUGUAAUUGUAUAUUAAUAUAAUAUAUAAAUUUAUAACUUAUAAAUGUACAGAUAUGCUAAAUUUUGUAAUUUUUUUAAAAAUGUUUAAUCAUGCAAUACACAAUUACAUGGUAAAUUCAAAAC